AUGACGUUGAAGAGUGCCAAGGCCCAGAGACUCGAGGUGCUCUUCUCCGCAUUGGCCGGACGGAUUGGGCCUAUCGGUUCGGCUUCCUUCCUCUCCAACCAUCUUCCCGACACUACACUGUCCUUUACGCCAGAUAUAACGGAGAAGCCGGAAACCACGAUCUGCGAACGAUAUAUCAACUACGUUAUCUCUAGUCGGACUACGCACUAG